AUGGGCAACGAUAACAACAAUGCAAAAGAUACGGAAAUCCAGCAACCACAUGAGACGUCGUCGUUUAUUGACAGCAACGCCAACAAUACCGCCCAUCCUAGUGACGAGCAUCACCAAGCCGUGACUAGUAAUAAUCCUACGUCCGAGUCGAUCCAGCAACCCUCCUAUCAGCAGCUCCACGAAGCAAUGUUAGCAGCUGUCAACAGUCACGGGGUGGGUUCUCUUUCUCCUCAUGGUCUUGUUGCAGCAGCGGCAGCAGCAAUGGCAGCUGCAGCUUCUUCUUCCUCAACUCCCAACGCAUCGCCAAUUUCACCUACAGCAAACGCCUCCUCCACCACCAUUACCCAGUCUGAAACAACACCCCAAGUGCAUCACAGCAAACACAAACCGUUGCAUGAAUUGGAUGUCACAAAGAGAGAAAGCAUUCGGGCAGCCAAUCGAGAGAGAAAAAAGAAAUGGCGUAUUCAUAAUGAAGAGCGAAACAAAGACAAUGAUUUAAGGUGCCGAGUCAAUAAGCGAGCGACCAAAUUGUAUGGCACUGCUGAUACUCCAGAAAAGAAAGCGUGGGCUCAAGAAGAGUUUGAAAAGAGACGACAAAAACGAAUGGAAAAGGAACGACGCAAGAAUGCCAUUGACAACGUCCUCAGUGUUCCUGGUAGUCCUCACCUUGAGAAACCACAAGAGAUGUCAUCAUUAUCAGAGCAAUCAGUAUUGAAUGGUGUAUCAGAUCAGCUUGGUUAUUACAACAUGCAACAACAACAACAACAAGCUCCACCCUUAGUGGAUCCUGCUGCUGCUGCCAAAAUGUUGGAUUUCCCUCCCGAAUUGCAACGACAACUACUUGAACAAUUGAACAACAUGAUUGCCAUGACAAACAAUGGGGAAAAAUUACCAUCAUCGAGCACAUCAAAUGAUGAUUCAUCAAGUCAAGCCCAGCUACAGCAACAACCACAGGAUGAAGAUCAAGUUGCACCAAACAAUCAAGAAUCCACGCACGAAGAGCAAGGUUUAUCAUCAUCCACCAGUGCAUCCAAUAGCGCGCAUAAUUCUCCAUUACAAGACAAGAGCGAAGAAGAGGAAUCAAAAGAUGGUCAACAACAACAACAACAACAGGAUGAUAAAAAACCAGAAUAUCCGAUGGAUGCUGUUCUUACAUUGAUGCAAUUGAAUGCUGGAUGGCGAGAAUAG